GAGGAACAGUGGACCUGACCAUGCGAACAAUAAAGGCGGAUGGCAAACUGACUGAGGCUACGGAGAGGACAGGCGAAUUCUGUGGAGGAUCGUACGUUGACCAAGAAUUUCUUAAGUAUGUCGGAAAAAAAGUUGGAGCAUCUGCUGUGGAAAUGUUAAAAGAGAAUCAUUACGGGCAACUUCAAUAUCUGAUACAAGGCUUCUGCUCACAAAUCAAGUAUGAUUUCAACGAUAACCCCAAGGAUUAUAAAUGUCAAGAAAUGGAUCUGGAGGAAUUAUGCCCAGCAAUAAAACAAUAUGUGAAAGGAAGUGAGAGGCUACAGAUUGAAGAAGAUGAAUGGAUAAUCGAAUUGGAUUAUGAAACUGUCAAGAGCUUCUUUGACCCGGUUGUAACGAAAAUCUGUGCUUUGAUCCGGAAGCAGCUGUCUGCAACCCGUAAGAAAUGCUCCGCAAUGUUUGUUGUUGGCGGAUUCUCUACUUCACAGUAUCUAUUCAAAAAAAUAAAGAAAGAGUUUGAUAGUCGAGUAUCAGCCAUAGCAUCACCACCUCAUCCAAUAGCAGCAGUAAUGUAUGGAGCUGUCUUUUAUGGAAUAAAUAAAUCUGUUGUAGAGACGCGUGUGCUUAAGCGUACAUACGGUCUUGAGCUGACUGAAACUUGGUCUUUCAAACAUCCGAUUGAACGCAAGAGAGACUCUGGUGGCGUGUAUUAUUUCCAUACGAUGGCUCAGCGAGGAACCGAAGUGCCAGUUGAUAAGAGUUUCUUGCAGGACGUAGUUCCAUUUAAACCCAGUCAAACCAGCCUGAGACUUAGUGUCUACACGACUUCACAAGACGAUGUGACAUAUUGUGAUGAUCCAGGAACGGAGCUUCUUGGAACCUUGGUAAUUGAUUUGCCUGAUCCUUACACAGAGAGAGAAGUGGAAUUUACACUAACAUUCGGGGCUCACGAAACGAAAGUGAAGGCGCGCAAUAAAGUGAAUGGACGGAUAUACACAGCGUCAUACAAACUGGUUUUGUAG